AUGGCUUACUACGGCCAGCACCAGGGCCUGCAAUACGCCAGAGACGAGGGAUCUACUUCGCAACUCCAGUCGUCCUACCCGGCCUUUCCUGCCGAGGCGUACGAGCACGACGAGGCAUUUCUCGAUGAGCACGAUGAGUUUCCCGGCGAGGUUGAUGUCGGAGCUGCAUUGCAGUACUGGACUGCUCUGAGGCAUAUGAGUCCCAAGGGGAAACAGAGGGAAGAGACGGAUGAGGACAAAGCAAGCAAAUCACCAUGGCGCCUGCGGUCAAAGCUCAAGACAGUCACUGCUGGGCUGUUUAUCUGCCUGAAUUUGGGCGUAGACCCGCCGGAUGUGGUCAAGACGAAUCCGUGUGCGAAGACGGAGUGCUGGAUUGACCCGACGCAACUGCCAGCCAACAAGGCCAUUGAUGCUAUAGGAAGAAAUCUGCACCAGCAAUUCGAGACGCUCAACCCCAAGGUCAAAUACAAGGCUUUCCUCGAUCCAUCCGUAGAGGACACAAAGAAGCACUGUAUUGGCAUGAGGAAGACCACGAAAGAUGAGCGUGUUGUCUUCUACUACAACGGGCAUGGUGUACCGAGGCCGACGCCUUCGGGAGAGAUUUGGGUGUUCAACAAGAAUUACACCCAAUAUAUCCCGGUCAGCUUGUACGACCUUCAGGAAUGGCUCGGAUCGCCGUGUAUCUAUAUAUGGGAAUGCUCAGCAGCCGGCAACAUCCUCAACAACUUCAUGAAGUCUGCUGAACGCCGAGAUGCAGAGGCUCGACACGCAGCUUCUCAAGCCGGCCAUGAAGAGCUCCCACGCACGUCAUACACCGAAGCCCUUCACCUGGCCGCUUGCAAAGUCAACCAGAUUCUCCCCAUGUCACCCGACCUCCCUGCCGACCUCUUUACAUGCUGCCUCACGUCCCCCAUCGAAACGGCGUUGCGUCAUUUUGUACUCCAGGACCCUCUGCGGAGGAACACUGGCCUGAGCGCGGAUGAUCCGAGGUCGAGAAUCACGGUGGACCUGGCCAUGAGGAUUCCGGGCGACUUGAAGGAUAGGAGAACACCCUUGGGAGAGUUGAGCUGGAUAUUUACGGCCGUGACCGACACCAUCGCCUGGCUCUCAUUUCCCCGAGAAAUGUUCAACAAGCUCUUCAGGCAAGAUCUGCUCGUUGCCGCCCUGUUCAGAAAUUUCCUGCUUGCGCAGAGGAUCAUGCAGGCGUACCACUGUACACCGACAUCUAUCCCCGAGAUCCCUGAUACCCAUAACCAUCCUCUUUGGGAAUCAUGGGAUCUUGCGGUAGACUCUUGCCUUGCCCAACUCCCUGGUAUCUUCGACCAGGUGGGCGAGCCCGAACCCGGAAAGCCCUACAAUAUCCCUGCGGGAAUGUACAAGCCCUCGACGUUUUUUGCUCAACACUUGCAAGCAUUUGAAGUGUGGCUUCAACACGGCGCGACGCUGAACAGCAAACGAGCUGCGCGCGGCGCGAACGGGCUAGUCCCUCGCUCUCCUCCCGAACAAUUACCCAUCGUUCUGCAAGUUCUGCUAUCCCAAUCCCACCGUCUCCGAGCUCUCAUCUUGAUAUCGAGGUUUGUUGACCUCGGACCAUGGGCUGUGCACCUGUCUCUCUCCAUUGGCAUUUUCCCUUAUGUCCAGAAACUUCUAGCGUCUCCUGCCAUCGAGCUCAAACCUGUAUUGAUCUACAUUUGGGCCCGUAUCCUCGCCAUCGACCGCUCUUGCCAAGCAGAUCUUUUGCGCGAUUCCGGUUUCACGUACUUUACUCAAAUCCUUUCUGCCUUCCCUCAACAAGGCUCCCUCGUGAUCCCCAACGCCAACGAGCACCGCGCCAUGUCCGCCUUUAUCCUUUCCGUCCUUUGCCGUGAUUUUCGCCAAGGUCAGACGGCGUGUCUGAACACGCACGUGCUGGAUGCGUGCGUGCAACGGCUGCACGAGGACGAUUGGCUGUUGAAGACUUGGUCUCUGCUGUGUAUCGGGCAGCUGUGGGCAGGAUUUGAUGAGGCAAAGUCGGUGUUCUGGAGGAUGGAUAGGCAGCAGAUUUUGAUCGACUCGCUGAGGAGCACCUCGGUGGAAGUCAGGGCAGCAGCUUUGUACGCAUUCGGCACUCUGCUCGGCGCUUCCGCACUGCCCCCCGACUCAGCGGGCAUCGGCGGGGGCGGCACCGGAUCCCAGAUAGGGCUCUCCGACGUACAGCAACUUGAGCUCGAGGCAGGCGUUGCUUUCGCGUGCAUGAUGUCUGUGAAGGAAGAUGCGAGCCCGUUGGUGAGGAAAGAGUUGGUGGUGGUGAUUAGCUGCGUGGUGCGCGAGUGGCGCGGAUGGCUCGUAGCCGCUGCAUGGGUGUACUUUGAGCAGGAGGCGGCUUUGGCUGCUGCCGAGUCGGACCAACCCCUGCCUAGAGAUGUUGUUUCUGAGACUUUGGAUCAGUGGACAUCGGACGAGGAUAGGCAUCCCGCAGAACAUCAGCACAACUUGACGUUGUUGAGUAGCUUCAAGGUGCUCUUUGAAACGCUUCUCGAUUUAUCUGUGGAUCCGCAUACGGGUGUGGCGUUGUCAGCAUCGACUGUGGUGGAUUACAUCAUCGCCCUGUUGGUCGAUUCUGCAUUUGUGCGGGUCGAAGGGUCGGCUUUACGGGCUCUUAUCCGAAAACACAGCCUGCCGAAACCAAAGCCUCGAGUGCAGUCUGAAAAGUUGUCACAUCUCAACGGUGUGCCUCCGCCUCUGAAUCGCCAGAAAUCUGACACCGAGACCGACAAGUCUACCGGCAACAUAGCGUCCUUGAAGCGCUCAAGCUCUGUGGCUCACGCCCUGAGAAGUUUGGCUUCGAUUACUGGAUUGAAAACACCAGAUGCGCCACCCGAGCAGGAACAGCUCGCACAGCCGCACUCGGAGAUGCCUACCGUGGCAGAUCUCACUGCGUCGUGCUACAUCUCCCCUUACCCCGGCGCUACCCAUCAACGCAUUCAGCCAGACAAAGACAGCCGCGCUUCCACUCCCAGCCGACCGGCCCACCAAGGCAACCAUCUCAAUUCUCAUAUGAACACUCGUUCCAGCCUGGGCAUCUUACCCUCGCGACUUGACCAGAAUCCUGUAAAAGCGUACCAAGUAUUGGAGGCGCUCACUGCUGAGGAUAUGGAGCGUUUGCGCAUGCGCAGACUCAAGGGUCGUGAAGCGGGUGAAGAUUCAGAUGGACGAUACGGGAACAACGGUCUCUCGCUCUCCACAGACCUCGGCCUGGGAAUGGUUGCGAAAGAAGUCAAAGACGACGUUCUUCCGUUGAAGAGCGGUUACUACGAUUGGGCGAUGGACUAUUUUAGGACGCCACAGAUGAAGGCGCCAGACGCGGACGAGCCUGGAAGCGAAACGUAUAAUGAGCAGGCGUGGAAGCACCAGAGGAACGAGAUGAUGGUGGAAAAGAGUCGGGCUGGCGAGGAGUAUGCGGCUACUCAUUCGUGGGCGACGGAAGCGGGUACACUGCAUAAUGAGGCGUGGCCUCUGCAGUUGGCCUUCCACUCGUAUGACCCAAUUUUGGCGGUCACAGAUGACACUGAUCAGGUCUGCAUAUGGGAUUGGCAACAUGGUGUCAAACUCAACAAGUUUAGCAACCAAAACAUCUCUGGCAGUAGCAUCUCGUCGAUUCAUUUUGUCAACGAGAUGGCGUCUUCUUUGAUGCUCACCGCAUCUACCGAAGGAAGCAUACGAGUAUUCCGAGACUAUGACAUUCCCGGCCAGACUGCGCUCGCCUCGACCUUCCGAGCUGUUUCUGACGUAUACCCUGUCGGUCACAGCAGUGGCGUCCUCACCGCCUGGGAACAACAGAAGGGCCACCUCCUGGUCGGUGGUGACAUGAAGGUUGUCCGACUGUGGGAUGCUACAGUCGAACGGCAUCUUCGUGAUAUCUCUACCCAGGCUGGCUCCAAUCUCACAGCGAUCUCGUCUGAUGAGCCUAAUGGCAACGUCUUUGUGGCGGGCUUUGGUGACGGUGUGGUUAGGCUGUUUGACAAACGAGCAGAUAAAGCGGAUGAGGUGGUGCUGAGGACAUGGAGACAGCAUAAGAUCUGGAUUCAGAGUGUUCACUUGCAGAAGGGGAGCAUGAGAGAGCUCGUCAGUGGAAGUAUGGAUGGUGAAGUCCGUGUAUGGGAUGUUCGAAAGCCUGAUGAACCCCUAUACACUCUUCCCAAGAGGAAUUCUGGUCUCAUGGGUCUGGCUGUGCAUACCGGAGCCCCUGUUCUUGCUCGCACCACCGCAAUCACCCCCUACUCUACCAAGCAGGAGUUAGAAAUAACUGGUUUCAGCAACCCCGUUGAACCGAAGAGGCUUGCUCGAAUCGCCAUACCGGUACCCCCAGCAUACAACACCCGUCGACAUCGACCUGUUGACUUUUUGCCCAGCGCUUCGUCUCUGGUUUUCCACCCGGUCGAGAUGAUGGUGGCUGCUGGAGGAUUCGACACGUCUGGAACAGUCAAAUUGUACAAGUGCCCGACGCCCGAUUUCCCCCAGGGCACGCAGUGGGAGCAAGCGAACGGGCAUAUAUAG